AUGGCACAGUCUCGGCUUCUGCUGUUAGUGGUCUGCUUUAGUGUUCUCCGGUCUGGAUAUGGCUAUCCUUCUCGCUCCAAGAAAGCAGUUCCAGCUCGACAGAGAGCUGCCGAAGAUGAUGAAAUGAGGACACAGAUUGACAAACUGUGGCAGGAAGUCAAUUCCCUGAAAGAGAUGCAGGCACUGCAAACAGUUUGCCUGCGUGGCAUCAAAGCCCACAGGAAAUGUUACCUGGUUUCUGAGCAGGCCAAGCACUACCAUGAGGCCAACGAGGACUGCAUCGCACAGGGAGGGACCCUGGCCAUACCUCGAGACAUCAACCAGAACGACGAGCUCACAGACUACAUCAAACGCUGAAAUGCAGAACAAAAGGAAUCAUUAUAUGAAAAUAAAAUAUAAUAUAAAACAAAAUAUGGGACAAUAAAAAAGGGACAACACAUACAAUAUACCUAGCACAUACAACUCUGAAAAGUUUUCC